GGGCGGAGCCGGCAGCGGGCUGUGGGGGCGACAAGAUGGCGGCGGAGACUGUGGAGCUCCACAAGUUGAAGUUGGCCGAGCUGAAGCAGGAAUGCCUCGCCCGUGGGCUGGAGGCGAAGGGCAACAAGCAGGACCUGAUCAACAGGCUGCAGGCCUACCUGGAGGAGCACGCUGAAGAAGAAGCAAACGAAGAGGAUGUUCUGGGAGAAGAAAUAGAGGAAGAAGAGCAGAAACCAGCAGAGCCACCCACCAAAGUAGAAGAGCCUCCUGUAAAAUCGCCUGACGUGAGCACGGAAAAGAAAGUAGUGAAAAUAACGUCAGAAAUCUCGCAGAUGGAGAGAAUGCAGAAGAGGGCUGAGCGCUUCAACGUGCCCGUGAGCCUGGAGAGCAAGAAGGCAGCGCGUGCAGCUCGGUUUGGUUUGGCCACAGUUUCGACAAAAGGCCUCUCUGCAGACAGCAAACCUACGGUAAACAUGGAUAAAUUAAAGGAAAGGGCUCAGAGAUUUGGGUUGAAUGUCUCUUCGCUCUCCAAGAAGAGCGAAGAGGAUGAGAAACUGAAGAAGAGGAAGGAGCGGUUUGGCAUCGUGACGAGUUCAGCCGGGGCUGGAGCCACAGAGGACACAGAGGCAAAGAAGAGGAAAAGAGCAGAGCGCUUCGGGAUCGUCUGAUGCCGGCCCCUUCCAGCUGCACCCUUUGCAGUGUGCAUCCUGAGUGCGUGAAUCCUUCCCUCUUCCCCACCUCCUCUCACCCUCUGUUCCUCGGGUUUUAGCGUUGAGUAGAUAGGGACCCCCCCCCCCAUAGUCGUAUGAUUGUGUUACUUAACCCUUUCAACUCACUCACGUUUUCAAACAACAAACAAGUAGGGCAAAAAGAAGGAGCUGUUCUCACUGUGUUUUUGUCAGCCCGGAGCCCUGAGGUGGGAGCUGCUGCCUUCCCUGUGCGCUGCAGGGCUCGUGGAGCCCUCACUGGUUGCUUUUCUGGAGUGAAAGUUGACAUUUGCUGCUAAGCAAGCAGCUGCUGCGGCCGUUGGUGGCUGCUGUUUGGGUGCUGUCCCAUCCGUGGGUCCUCUCCCCUCCUUGUUUUUAAGGAUGGGAGAACACAGCAGGCAGAGCAGCUCUCACUGCCCUCCUCAGCGGGGUGAAGCUAAUGGGAACUGUCACGGCCAGAAUUGCCAAUUAACCUUAAAUCAAGAUCGGUGUCCUAAAACGAGGAGCAAAAAGUAGCCGUGUGUUUGCAAACAGAGCCCGCUCCCAUGGCUCCCUUUAGGUCCUCCGCACACGUUCCUUCAGCUCAGCAGUGCAUUUCUCUCCUAAAACAACAACUGCUCCUCCCAGCCGUGUGCUCUGGGCUUCACAUUGCCCUCUGUGUGCUCUGGGCUUCACAUUGCCCUCUGUGUGCUCUGGGCUUCACGUUGCCCUCUCUGUGCUUCAGAACCGGCUGCUGCCCAGCUUAGCGUUGCAGAGAGGCCCCUCUGCUCCGAAGGGAGCCGGACCAACCGUGAGCUCUGCCUGCCACCCUCCUUCCCCAGGAGGAUCCUCUCCCAUUGCCCUCAGUGCAGCUCCGUCCCGUGGCUGAAGUCCUUCUGCUGUCUGAGGACCCCACUGAAGUUGUAGGGUUUGUAUUUCAUCCCGAAGCUGUUGGCACCGCCCUCUCUCGGUUCCUUCGGACCCCGCGGAUGCGCCCACGUGGAGCUUUCCAGAGGCCGUACCCGGCUCUCAACAAAGCAAUACGUGUCUGUUUUAUAAUAUCAAACUCCUCCGACUGCUCCCAUCUCACAACGUGUGCCUUCCGCAGCUCUGAGCAAUACCUGUCACCUUCACCCCCCACCCCACAGGACCCGCAGCUCCGGGCUCUGUAGGGUGGGCGACGUCCAAAUGAACCGAAGCUCCCCCAACGCUUUCCUGGUUUAACGUAACAGCCGUACUCAGAUGGUGAUGAGGAUGAUGAUGAGGAUGAUGAUGAAUUGUUUCGGGUUGUUGGGUUUUUUUUGGGUUUUUUUUUUGUAUGUCAGAUUUUGUAAGACGUGUUUUCUAUUCGCCUCGUGCUCCUUUGGGCUGGUUCUUCGCUUGGAACGUUUUGUAGUGCGCCAGGGCGAACGCUGCAUUUCAUUCUCAGUUUCAUAAUAAAAAGUGCUCCUCCGAAGCAAAG